AUGCAAUCAAUUAUUAGAUCAAUUAAUAAUUGCAAAAAAUUUACAUUCACAUCAAAUUUAGUAAUCAGAAAUUAUUCAAGUAAUAAAGAUGGGGUUAAAUCAUUUGAAGAAUUUAAAAGAGAAAGAGAUUUAUUAAGAAAAAAGAGUGAUUUAGUACAAAAGUUAACACAAUUAAGGAUUGCAGGUGGUAAAGAAGAACAGAUUUCAUCACUUUCACAAGAAAUCAAAUCAAUCGAAAAACAAUUAGAUCCAUCAUUAGUCAGUUUUGUAGUUCAAAGCAAGGAACAAAAAGAAAAAGAUUUAGAACAAUGGAAAUUAUUCAUAGAAAAGAAAGGUAUUAAAACUAAAUCAGAGUUAAAGAAUGUCAAUAGAUUUGAAUUUGAAAGAUUUAAAAACACUGGUUUCUUAGAUAAUCAAGAAGAGCAAGACGAAAAAGUUGACCAACAAAGAAACCUUCAAAAUAUUUACAAACAAGCUAUGAUUGAAGAUUUAGAAGAGUCAGUACUUUAUAGAGAUCCAUACCAAAUCGAUAUUUCAUCCACUUCAUUGAUCGCCAAAAAAGAUGAACUCAGAGAUACACUUAAGAAAUUUGCAGAAAACAUCAAAAAUAACCCAGAAUACAAAAAGUUGGCUUUUGAUUUCCUCGAUCCAUCAAUUCCAUUAAAAGACAAAAUAAUCUUUAAAGAAGAAGACUUAAAAGAAUCUGACGUCGAAGAGUUUACUGAAGAAGAAUAUAAGCAAUUCAAAAAAGAUCUCAAAGCAUUAUAUAGAAUCGAAGACUCUGGUAAACAAGCACUCGAAACCAAUUUAAGAAAUAUUAAAUUUUUACAACAACAUCUUGUUAAUCACAUUGAUGAAAACGGUAACAUCGAUAUCGAAGGUUUCCAAAAGAACCCAAUCGUCUUUGAAAAUUCAUUCAAUAAGAAGUUCCAUCCACUUGCAAGCACAAUUACCAACCAUUCAAUCUUAACCCCAGAAGGUCAUGCACCAAUGCCAACAGGUGCCUACGAUGAACUCAUGGAAAGUGAAAUUCCAUUAGAUAUAUCAGACCCAAAAGUAUUAAAGAGAUUAGCCAAAGAAGAGGAUGAAGAAGUCACUGCCGACGAAGAAUCUGAAGACUCAGAAGAUGCUGAUGCAAGUGAAGAAGACAUUGACGAAUUAGAUAUUUCAGAAAAAGAAAAUAUGGCCGAAAUUUAUGAAAAAGAUCUUUUCGAUUUUGAAGAAGGUAACCAACCAUUAGAAGAUGCUGCCGAAUUAGCCGAAGGAGAAGAACCAGAAUUUAUUGAAUCACCAACAACUUUAAAUGAUGCUUUCGAUGUAGAAAAUUUAGAUGAAACACCAAAUGUUGAUGUCCAAGAUAUGACACCAGAGGAAAUUAUGCAACAACAAAUUUUAGUUGAUGGUCGUAUUAAAGAUUCACAAAAAUUAUUAAAGUUUGAAACUGAAACCCCAGAAUAUGCAUCAACUUGGGCCCUCAAUAAUAUCACUAAACAAGUUAAAGAACAACUCGAACAAGAACGUAUCGAACAACUCGAAAAAGAAGAUCCAGAGUUAAUCCGUAAUUUCAUCAAAUAUAAAGUUGACGUUGAAAAAGAAGUUGCUAAAAAACGUGCUGAAGAAGAAUCACAAAAAUACACUUUGGCUAAAGCUGCAAUCGAAAGAGAUGUUUUAGAAUCAAUUCGUAACGAACCACAAGCAAAUACAAUUUAUAAUAAAAAUACCGGUAAAAUCCAUAUUCCAAAGAAGAAACAUUCCAACUGUUUAUUAUGUAAAGAUCCAAAUUGGGAGCUUGAUCCACUCAAUGUACCAUUCCUUACUUUAUAUGUCACCACCGAAGGUGAUUUAUUACCAAGAGCUUUCUCUGGUAACUGCUUAAAACAUCAAAAGAAAAUCGCAAAAACUUUCAAACAUGCUAAAUCACUUGGCUUAUUUAAUUACAAGAAUGGUGAAUUCGCCAUCGAAGAUCCAAAUGUUUACAGCUUAAGCAAUGCCGAAAUGGAAGAAUAUAGAAAAUGGUACAUGGGCGAUUACAGCAAAGAAGAAUGGGAAGAAGUUAUUGAUGAAUUUGGUGAACUUGAUGAAGAUGAUGUUGAAGAAGAUGAAGAUUAUGAUGAUGAAGAGGAUGAAAUUGAAGAACAACCACAAAUUGUACAACCACAAAAAGAAGACGGUUUAUUAGUUGACGACAUUAGAGCUGAAUAUGGUGUUGAAACUAAAGAAAUGUUUAAUUAUGGUGGUCAAGAAAAAAAUAAAUAA